GCGAUAACAAGCCUUCAGAGCAGUAGAAGCUUCCAUUUUGAUGGCCCGCCGCUACCCUACCUUUACCCACUGGGAUCUAUGGCUGCAGGCUUCUGCAAGAAAGUUGAUAACCCUGGGUCAGUGACGUUGCUUCCGUAGAUCCGAUUGAUCCCGAUCAACGAUAUGAUCCGGAGAAUAACCGCACACUCUGGGGCAGUUCAUCCACUUUAGGCCUGUAAUUCCAGGCACAAGCUCUAAGUUGAAUUUGAGAGCUCGGCAAACUAUCUCAACCGCGACAUUCGAACAUCCACCCAUUGCCCUUCGUCAUCACCCAAUUCGUCUUUUUCGGUCUUGUCUAAUUAUUCACAAUGGCUGGUAUCGCUUAUUACACCAUUGCUGGCAAGCAGGUCGCCGGUCACUACCUCGCCGUGGCCUGGUUGGGAACUCUCGUCGUCGGUACCAAGCUUGCCCUGUCUGGCGGCUCCUCUAAGCCCACCGCUACCGCUACUCCUCCCAUCAACGCCUCCAGCUCCGACGAGGCCGACUUCAUCAAGAACUUCCUUGAUCAGCAGGACAAGAAGAACUAGACGGUUGAAUCGAAGACGAUGGUUGUAUGGUUGUUUGGAUGCGGUGUACGUUUAUAAGUCAUGCAGACAUGAGCUGUCCAUCGAGCCGGACAGCCGAAUUCAGAUACCAACAAAAGCCGAUUUCGCCAAUUGUGACAUAACGCAGUACUAUUCCCCCUUGUGAUGCACUCGAUGAUACGCAUAUCGAGUCCGACUGUGAUUUAUGCGGAGCUGGGUGAUCCCGAUACCGAACACUGGCUCAGAAUAUUUCCUUCACAUCUCUAUGAACCGAGGUUUCCUGGAGCUGCGUAAUGGCCAUGAUGUGAGGCAAUGCUAACUGUCAUGUUACCCACGAUAAUUCGCAGCCAGUGCAGUUCCGUUACUUGAAGAACUUGACCUUACCCUUCAUUUUCAUCUCCACCUGACACACAGAACUCGAAUAUUCCUGGAAUACCAACCUGGGGGGCUUAAAUCAGGUUGAACUGAUUCUCUCAGCAAAGAGGAUUUCGUUGUUGAUUCAGCGCCCUAUUGUCUGUCAUGUUAGUGCGUCGCAUUUCAACCUGUGCCUCAUCGAUCGAUACCAACCAACUGGAUCUGUUGAGACUUCAGCAUCGCUACAUGAAUGUUAAUGGACCCGUAUGCCGACUUGAAUAUGGAAAAUUGUGUUGAUACUAUUGGGUAAACUGCAUUACCGAGGGAUAUACAGCUGAUUCUCUGCUAUGGAUCAUACCUUGGAUAUGGACCUGAGAAAUGAGGUAAAGUCCCUUUUCUGUUGCAUGAAUAUAGAAUUCGCCAUGGCAAGAUCGACAAGGUGAGUUUGUCUCCCCUUGUUCAAUCUUGCCAUAAGGAGCAAUGUUCUCGAAGCAAGGAUGCAUGUAACAAAGCGUAAGUGCAAGGCAAUCGUAUCGCUAUGUUCACAGCCUUACACUGCAUGUGGUCAUCAUUAAAUCUAUAAUCUCUAUUACACACUUAUGUGCGGUUCUACUUUUGGUAAAUACAAUAACGCUAAGAUACAAAGUAAAAUGAGCAGUAUCAGUUCGAUACAUACUCCAAAGAUGCUUGUCCUGUUCGACCGAGCUGCCACAUUCUCAAGGCAGACAUCACCACCAUUAGAGACCACC